UAGAACAAAAAUGGUAAAAUAUCCAUGCAGGUGCAAUCAUGGCAAGGAAUUGAACUAGACCCGCCUUUACUCUGCAUCAUCACUCUUUACCUAUUUUGAAUCUUUUCGUUCGCUCACUCACUUUAAUGGGUUGGAAUCUCUUCUUCUGGCUUGUGGUUUGUUUUCCCACCAACAUUGCUCUUCUCGCUUCAACUUUCUAUCAGGUUUUGAUUUUAUCUGACUUGGAAGCUGAUUAUAUCAAUCCAUUUGAUGCUUCAUCUCGGAUUAACUACUUCAUUCUUCCUGAGUUCAUUGGUCAGGGUGUGUUAUGUGCCCUAUGCCUCUUCACUGGUCACUGGGUCAUGUUUUUGCUUAAUGCUCCUCUUGCUGGCUAUCAUGCCAUGCUGUAUGUGAAAAGAGAGCACCUUAUUGAUGUUACUGAAGUGUUUAGAGUACUCAGUGUCGAGAAGAAAUUCCGGAUAGCCAAACUUGCUUUGUACUUAAUAGUCCUUAUUGUGACCAUCUUCAGGCUUACAUUAAUUGGCGUCUACUAUUUAGGUCUCGAAGAGGAUGACAACUUGGGAUAUCUUUGGUAAUCCGCGUGUUCAAUGUGACAACAAAUCUGUGAAUCCUCUCUUCCCUUUUGGUGUGUUGUUGACAUGCCCCUAUUUUUUGGGAAAUUGUGAUUUGAUCUGUACCAUUAGGUUUAGUUCUUAGAACUCAGCUUCUCACAUAAAGAGAAAUGUUAGGCACUUAUUUGAAUGAGAUUGCAUACCCAUGGUUGGAUAUAUAAGUUAAGGGCAUGUUUGUUUUACAUUUUGUUAAAUUUUACUAAGAAAAAUUGAAGUAGAAAAUGGAUUUUUUGGUUUUUGCUGAAUGAAGUAAAAAAUUGAUUUUG